AUGGAUUACGAUGGCCGGAUAAAGGCGUACAAAUUUUCUGCAUAUGCUGCAAUUCUAUUCACGACGACCGCAAUCCUAUCCGUAUGCGUCACACUGCCAAUGGUCUACAAUUAUGUGAGGAAUGUGAGAAUGACGUUGGCUGGUGAGAUGGGAUAUUGUAAGAUGUCAGCGAAAGAUGUAAUAAGCGGAGUAGGACAACUGAAGCAUCACGUGCAAUCAACGAACCGAACCACUCGUCAAGCAGGAUACGACGUUGCUGUUAGUUUGAAUGCGCCCGGUGUCGCGCCUGCUGGAGGUGGUGACGACGGCUGCAUAGAGUGUUGCAUACCUGGUCCACCUGGUCCAAAAGGACCACCCGGAAGACCCGGACGGCCUGGACGUCCUGGUGCACCCGGCAUGCCUGGAAUGCCCGGAAGACCACCACCACUGCCAUGUGAACCAAUCACACCACCACCAUGCACUCCAUGCCCACCAGGGCCACGCGGUCCACCAGGCCCACCUGGACCACCCGGAGAUCCAGGAUUGGAUGGUGCACCAGGAAAAACGUUCCCAGUUGGAGAGAUGGGACCACCAGGACCACCAGGACCGCCCGGUCCACAAGGGCCAAUCGGACCAUCAGGACCACAAGGUCCACCUGGACCCGACGCACCUGACGAACCAUCAUUACCUGGAGAGCCUGGAGAACCUGGUGAUCCUGGACCAAGAGGGCCUCCUGGAUUGCCAGGACGGCCAGGUUUGGACGGACCACUAGGACCACCCGGGCCGAAAGGACCACAAGGACCAAGCGGUUUACCGGGUCCAAGGGGACCACCUGGACCGCUCGGACCGCCCGGUCCAGAUGGAGCAAACGGUGAACGAGGCAUUUGUCCGAAAUAUUGCGCUAUUGACGGUGGUAUCUUCUUUGAGGAUGGCACGCGUUCAGUUGGUCAACUGUCGUCGAGAAGUGUGUAUAAAAAUGGUGAGCAAAUCGUUUGUGCACAUCAUCUUCAUCCACCAGCCAACAACCAACUACUCUCGAAUAUGGACUUGCAGAGCCGCCUUACGGCCUACAAGUUCGUCGCCUAUUCGGCAGUUGUCUUCUCGGCCAUUGCCGUUCUCUCAGUAUGUAUCACUCUGCCAAUGGUCUACAACUACGUACACCAUGUACAAUUUCAGAUGCAAUCCAAAAUCACAUACUGCAAGGGAUCUGCCAGGACUAUUUGGCUUGAAGUUGGUCAACUGAAAGAUAUUCCAACUCCAGCUGGCAACAGAACGAAACGUCAAGUGCGCAACAGUUGUGAAGAGUGCUGCUUGCCGGGUCCUCCAGGACCAAAGGGACCACCUGGAAGACCAGGACGACCAGGAAAGCCUGGAGCACCAGGUCUGCCAGGCAAACCCGGAAUGCCACCAAGACAACCAUGCGAACCAAUUACGCCGCCACCAUGCAAGCCAUGCCCACCAGGUCCACCAGGUCCAGCUGGCCCACAAGGACCACCUGGUGAGCCUGGACCAGAUGGACCACCAGGUACCCCAGGUAUCAACGGAGAGCCGGGAGAGCCAGGACCAAUGGGACCACCCGGACCACCCGGUCUAGAAGGACCACCAGGGCCUCCAGGACCAGCCGGUCCUGAUGCUCCAGAUGAGGGAGUUAUUCCCGGACCACCAGGAGAACCAGGAGACAUGGGACCACCAGGACCACCCGGACCUCCAGGCCCACCGGGUGCCCCAGGCGCACCAGGUCCGCAAGGACCACCAGGACCUCCCGGACCCGACGGACCACCAGGAGCUGAUGGACAACCCGGACCUCAAGGACCUCCUGGACCCAAAGGUCCAUCGGGCGAGAAAGGCAUCUGUCCCAAGUAUUGCGCGAUCGAUGGUGGGGAACAAAGAAACGGCACUCGUUACGCAAUGGAUGUCGAUUGCCGGGUCACCGUUAUAAAAUCGUCAUGCAAUAGUGAUUUGCAUUGUUCGAGUUCUGCUAAAAAUAUUUGGGUCGAUGUUGACGAGCUUAGCGAGGUUGCGAGGGCAUCAAGGAACAGAACAGUGCGUCAAGUAGACAGUAGUUGUUCGGUUUGUUGCAGACCGGGUCCACGGGGACCGCAAGGUCCACGAGGAAAACCCGGAAAGCCGGGCAAACAAGGUGCCCCAGGCGUUCCGGGCCGUCCCGGAAAAUCACUGAAUCUUUCAUGUGCAGAAAUAGCUCCGCCAAAAUGUGGAUUAUGCGCACCGAAUCCACGCGGUCCACCAGGUCCUCGAGGGCCCACAGGUGAUCCUGGACCAGAUGGACCUCAAGGAAAACCAGGACCUGACGGAGCGGCAGGACAGCCAGGAGCGAAGGGACCAAUGGGCCCUCCUGGACAGCCAGGACCGUCCGGACCAACAGGUGACCCUGGUCAGGAUGCGCCAUACGAGCCAAUUGAACCUGGAGAGCCAGGUGAACCAGGUGAACCGGGACCACCAGGACCACCAGGUCUACCAGGAAAACCAGGUGCUGAUGGCGCGCUUGGACCAGCUGGACCAAAAGGUCCCACUGGACCGAUCGGAGCGGCCGGACCAGAUGGACGACCUGGAGCUCGUGGACCCCAAGGUAGACCGGGAACACCCGGUGAACCCGGUAUUUGCCCGAGAUAUUGCGCAAUCGACGGUGGUGUAAUCUUCGCGGAUGAGUGUCGCGUGAAGAAUAUUGAUACGAUGAUUGCGGUGGUCUGGACUGGUGUGGAGAUGGAUUUGCAGAAUCGGAUUAAAGCGUAUAAGAUUGUCGCCUAUUCAGCAGUUAUAUUCUCGGCAGUUGCUAUUUUAUCAAUAUGUUUAACGUUGCCAAUGGUCUACAAUUACGUGCAGCAUGUACGGAAAACUAUACAAAGACAGAUCACGUUUUGUAAGAUUGCAAAACCGGUACAGAAAUUGAACCUUGAGACGUCAGCAAAGAGCAUUUGGGAAGAGGUUGGGCAACUGAAGGAGAUAAACACUGCAAAAAAUCGAACAGCUCGUCGAGCAACAAAUAUGUGCCAGGCAUGUUGCUUUCCGGGCCCGCCGGGGCCAAAAGGACCUCCGGGAAAGCCUGGACGACCCGGAACACCUGGAGUGCCCGGUCAUCCAGGGCAUCCAGGACGACCGCCAAGUGAACCGUGUGAACCGCUCACUCCACCACCAUGCAAACCAUGUCCGCCCGGGCCAGCCGGUCCACCUGGCCCACAGGGACCUCCUGGCGAUUGUGGCCCAGACGGACUACCAGGAGCACCAGGUACGGAAGGACCUCCCGGUGAAGCAGGACCGAAAGGACCUGAUGGACCACCCGGACCAAUAGGACCACCUGGACCACAAGGAGAGCCGGGUUCAGAUGCACCAAAUGAACCGAUCUUACCCGCCGAACUGGGUGAACGAGGUGAACCAGGACCUCAAGGACCAGUGGGUCCUCGUGGAAAACCAGGUGAAGAUGGCCCACCGGGACCACCUGGACCUGAAGGACCGUCCGGCGCGGAUGGACCACCAGGACCAGACGGCAAACCAGGCCCUGUUGGACCUCCUGGUGAAAAGGGAAGUGACGGCGAAAUAGGUGUUUGUCCGAAAUAUUGUGCGAUCGAUGGUGGUGUAUUCUUUGAGGAUGGCACGAGGCGUUAA